AAAGUACAAGAAGCGAGACAGCGCUCACUGGAUACUCAAACUCACUCAAAGACACGCUUGGAUUACUAUUACUAUUACUAUUACUGCUCUUUCGGCAAAUCGGAAUCUAUCAGCCGUUUGGAUUAUCUCACUAUUGCUUUUUUGGAUAACAACAUGACUCUGGAAGAAGUCGUUGGAUGCAACACUGAUAAAAAAAUGGAUGCUGCAAGUCAAGCGUUAGAAGAGCUGCUGGUGGCAGCGCAAAGACAAGACUGUCUUACUGUCGGCGUGUACGAGUCUGCAAAGUUAAUGAAUGUUGAUCCAGACAGCGUGGUGCUUUGCGUUCUGGCCACGGAUGAAGAAGACGAGGACGACAUUGCACUGCAGAUUCACUUCACCCUGCUGCAAGCUUUCUGCUGCGAGAACGACAUGAACAUCCUGCGGGUGUCUGGAAUCAGGCGUCUGGCUCAGGUGAUCGGAGAGCCGAGCGAGGUGGAGAGCAACAACAACAACAGCGAGCCCAGAGAUUUCCACUGCAUUCUAGUCACUAAUCCUCAAUGCCAGCCACUCAAGUGCCAAGCCCUGAAAGAAGUGGGCAACUACUGCGACGAGAGCCGCUGCAGCAAUCAGUGGGUCCCAUUCCUGUCUCUGCGCGAGCGCUGAAGCGCGUGAACUUGAACCGGUGCAGAAACAGUUCGAAACCGUCUCUUGAAGAGCGGAUGGAAAGUAACGAGGGCUUUACUUUAGUCGGUGCCGCUCCGUGUCAGCCGCUGCCGAGGAGAGAGAGAGAAAGGAAAGUUCCUCGGCGCUGAAGGGGCCUUCAGCAUGAGGGAUCGUGUCGUGCGGUGGAGGAGGCGGACGAGGAGGGUGAUGACUAAGAAUGCCGGAGGACCACAAAAGGUGUGGGACCGGGCAGAGUGGCCGCACGCAGGCGCGUAGGAGCCCCGCAUUCUCGGUUUCCUAUCAGCCAUGUGGUCAGAAACUGAGAGAGCAUUGCAGAAACGUAGCUGCAAUGGGACUCGAUUGUCUUGCUCGUGUGUGGACUACUAUCGAAAGGCUAGUGUUUCAAGACAUGCUCAUGUCUCUGUGGACUUGCAAAACUAUGAAAUGCUUACAUUUACAAAUGCUGUUGUGUAACUUAUUGCAUAACUUAAACAGAGUAAUAUAUGUGUUUAACUUCAAUGUGAACUACUUCUUUACAAAUAAAUUAUUGUCUGGAAUUGAA